UACCGCUAAAACGAGACGAGACGAGAUUAGCACAGGUUAAAAUCCACAUAAAAAAUAUAGUUUAUGGUUAAUUAUACCAGCAUUAUAUCCUACGUUUGUUUUAACUGAACUUAUUAUUAUUAUUAUCAUUAUUAUUUUUACAUUUGACACAUACAAAAAAAUAAAUAACAGAAAAAAUAAGCUUUACCACGAGCUAGCUGCUGAAUAGAAAUUGUUUAGCUAAUGAACGUUUAUGUUAGCUAAUCUUGGGUGCUAGCUAGUUUUAUAAAUAGCAGAAUAUAAACAGAUUUUAACCGUUGUAUUUAUUGAACUUUGUUGUACGGAGUUUGUAGGGGCAGUAAAAACAGAACUAGACUGGUCUAAUGAAAUGGCUACUCAGAACUGCAUUGCCAUCUCUGAGCUGCAUCCCAACUUCUCUCAUCCAAAAGUGGUAGGCAUAGUCAUCGCAAAAACAGAUGUCAGAAGCUUCCCGGACAGAAAAAAUAUUGAGAUAGAGCGAUUCACUUUUGGCUUCACCAUAAAGGACUCUCCUGACUUCUUCAUCAAUGUGACAGUGUGGGGAAGCGAUGGGUAUGUCAAUGGGCAUGCCAGCAGCUUCAGCAUCAGUGACUGUGUCACUGUGGAGAAUCCUUUAGUUUCCAGCAAAGAUCCAGAGAAGGGAGACAAAUUUUGCCCCACAACACCAAGCCACUACAGGCUGCUGGUAACGGAGGCUCAUUCCCAGGUGUGUCUGUGCGCUGACAUGGACACCAUUGAUAGGCUGCUGCCACUGAUUCACCUGCCUGUUAAGGACUCCAGAGAUUUCUACUCUCUGGGAGAUAUAGUGGCCAAUGGACAAAAGCUGGAUGGCACUGUAAUUAAUAUACUGGCUGCAGUGAAAAUGAUUGGAGAGGCGAAGCAGUUCACCACUUCAGACGGACGCAAAGGCCAGCGUCUGGAACUGAAGCUUUUUGAUGAUUCUGUCUCUUCCUUUCCCCUCAUCUGCUGGGACAAGGAGGCCAUUCAGCUCAUGCAAACUUUGGUAGCCAGAGAGACGGUGCUCUUCAUAGCAGAUGCGAAGAUUAGUUUUGACAGUUUCCGUGGCGCUAUGGUGGCGACUUUUAUUUCAAAAAGCAUCGUUACUGUCAAUCCUGACACCAGAGAGGCCAGCUUGCUGUUCAGCUAUGCGAAAGAAGUGUCCGAGUCUGGAGCUCUGGAUCUAGAUGAGGCCUCUGGGGACCUGACUGUGGAUUCCAUCACUGACGUGUACACGGUGAACCAGCUGAAACAGAAAGCCAAAGAGCAUCCUGAGGCUUUCUUUGGCAUCACAUUCAGCUUCAUCUCUAAGCUCAACCUUGACUCAUCUGUUUCAAAAGUUAUCAAAACACGGUGCUCCAGAUGUAAGUUCCAGGUGACUGAGGACAUGCAGAGCUGCAGUAACCAGCUGUGUCCAGGGAAGGAUCAGGCUUUUUCAGGCAGCGCAGACUUUGACUUGCUGCUGGAUUUCACAGACCACACAGGCACCCUGCAGGCCUGCAGCCUCAGAGGUCCAGUGGCAGAGCAGACGCUGGGCUGCACAACAGAGGAGUUUACCAGUUUGACUGGCGAGCAGCUGACGGCACUGAAGUGGAGAUUUCUUUUGGAAAGAUGCAAGAUAUAUGUGAAGAUCCUCCCCUCUACAAAGAUGAAGAGUGGGAUCAGGGGGAUGAUCCUGGCCUGCUCAUUGGCUGAUCCUGGAGAAGUGAAAAAGCACAUGUCUGCCCUGUUGCAGCAACUUUGAUCAGCAGGCAGACAGAGAAAUGCAUCUGUUCCAUUUAUGUUCUUAAUCUGUUCUGACUGAGGUGUAAACCUUUAUGGAUGUAAUCUUUGAGUUCUGUAGAUUCAUCUUUCCAAAACCUUAUU